AUGGUGAGGACGACAGAGCUAACUGGCCAUACCUCCAGAGUUCUCUUCAUGACUCAGAUCCCAGAUGGAUGCACUGUGGCCACUGCAGCCGCGGAUGAGACGGUUCAAGCUUGGAAUGUGUUUGGGAUUCCGGGAGUUUCAGAACCCGUACGAAAAGAAAAUCUGCUGCCAUCUGCUCAUCCAUACUCCAUUCGUUGA